AAGGAAGGGUGAUCGAAGUCUCGAGAUUUAUUUGGUUUUGAUUGGCAAAACACAAUCCAUUCUCUCCUUCCCUUGUAAUUGUAAAUUGUAAAUCCAACACGCAUCCACGUGUUUACGCAUCGCAUAUACUUUCUUCUCCGCCCUUCCUUCCCUCACCGCAUUUCCAAUUAACCCCCAAUUUCUGGUUUUUUUUUGGACCAAUUUUUCUCAAUCCUAAUUCUCUGAUUGGCCGGCCUGCUGAUAUGGUGGCGGGGCUUUUUGGCCUUUCGGCGGAGGAGGCCGUCGUGGCGCUCCACCUCAAGGCCGCCACGAAUUGGUGGGACAUAGUCAAUCACUCUGCCGCUUGGCAAGACCGUAUUUUCCAUGUUCUCGCUGCGCUUUAUGGGAUCGUCGCCAUUGUUGCUCUUGUGCAACUGGUUAGGAUACAGUUGAGAGUACCCGAGUAUGGUUGGACGACUCAGAAAGUAUUCCAUUUUCUAAAUUUCUUAGUCAAUGGAGUUCGCUGCCUAGUGUUUGUAUUUCGUCGGGACGUUCAGAAGUUGGAUCCGGAGAUUACACAUCAUGUGUUGCUUGAUUUGCCAAGUCUUGCGUUUUUCACGACGUAUGCGCUGCUUGUACUGUUCUGGGCAGAAAUAUACUAUCAGGCUCGUGCUGUAUCUACGGACGGUCUGAGGCCCACCUUUUACACAGUGAAUGGUGUUGUUUAUUUCAUUCAGAUGAUCCUAUGGUUGGCUCUAUGGUGGAAGCCUGUACAUGUAGUGGUAGUUUUAUCCAAGAUGUUCUUUGCAGGUAUUUCUUUAUUUGCUGCCCUGGGGUUUCUUCUCUAUGGUGGAAGGUUAUUCUUAAUGCUACAACGAUUCCCCGUGGAGUCAAAAGGACGCCGCAAGAAACUACAGGAGGUUGGCUAUGUAACCACAAUUUGUUUUGUGUGUUUUCUGGUUCGAUGCAUUAUGAUGUGCUUCGAUGCAUUUGACCCAGCUGCUGAUCUGGAUCUUCUGGAUCAUCCUAUCUUGAAUUUUAUCUACUAUCUGCUGGUGGAGAUAUUGCCGUCAGCACUGGUGCUCUUCAUAUUAAGAAAGCUGCCUCCGAAACGUGGGAUCACACAGUAUCAUCCUAUCAGGUGACAAAGCCAAGUGCUGGACAUGGUUGGAUAUGAGGGGUUGCGAUACGAUGAAUUUGGAGCAGAAAUGUGAUGAUCAAUCAUUUAAAGUUGUGUCCAUAUCCAACCCCCUCACUCGCAGUUUACAAAAUUUCUCUCUUUGCUUUCGAAUCGUCAAAGUGGAAAAUGUACUUUUGAAAUUAGAAGUGCAUAAUCCGUCAUCUCUGUUCUUUUGCCCUCUGUGUAUGUGUUUGUUAGCCGAGUUGAAUACAAUUGAUUAUAUUGGUUCAUUUGUUAUUGAGUUUAGCCUCAAGCUUUCUUUA